CCCUCGCCGCCCCCUCUCCCAAAGCUUGUCGUACAGUCCAAAACAAAAACACACGCUCGUCACGCCCCCUCACGUCCCCAUCCACCGAUCACAAAGAACCCUGCCCAGCCCACAGACUGUUUGCUCGGGAUUAUGUCACCGCCUGCGUUAUCUCCUCAGUAACAACUUCUUGCCUGUCUUCUGAUUCUGAAUCUCCCCACCUCUGAAACUCAACAAAUCCUCACCACCAUCCGUUCACCUCCAAAGACCUCAUUUUCGGCAUCAUGCGCAUCACGCUCAACAUUACCGCUCCCACGCACGAAGAUGCCGACCUCCUCUCCCUCGAGAUCCCCCCGGACACGACGGUCAGCACGCUGAAGGAAGCCGUGCAAUCCGAAGCUGGAAUCCCUAAAACCUCUCAACACCUCUACCAUAACGGCCAACUGCUGAACGAUGACUCCAAAACCAUGGAGCAGCUGCAGAUUGGGGACGGGGAGAUGUUGGCAUUACACGUUCGAGAUAUGGUAGGAAGCCAGCCAGCAGGCCCACGACAAGCACAGCCUGCUCGCCAGCAACCAAGCCAGAGAGGUGGGCAAGGUUUCCCAGAUCCCGAGACCAUUCGAUUACAGUUGCUUGGAAAUCCGGAGAUGAGACAGCAAGCCAUUAGCCAAAGACCCGAGUUGGCGGCUGUGAUUGAUAGCCCAGAGAGAUUCGCGCAAGUUUUGAGGCAGAUGCAGGAACAGGAGAGGGACGACCAGAUGAGGCGGAGGCAGCAGAUUGCAGACCUGAAUGCGGAUCCGUUUGAUAUUGAUGCUCAGAUGAGGAUCGCUGAGAUGAUUCGGGAGGAGCGGGUUCAGGAGAAUCUACAAAAUGCUAUUGAGCAUAACCCCGAGGAGUCCACAUGUUAUACAUCGAUGUCGAAGUCAAUGGUCACAAAGUCAAAGCGUUCGUCGAUUCCGGCGCCCAAGCCACAAUCAUGUCUCCUGCAUGCGCUGAGGCCUGUGGUAUCAUGAGACUGGUAGACAAGCGGUUUGCAGGCAUUGCUAGAGGUGUGGGCACUGCGGCUAUUCUUGGACGAGUGCAUUCUGCUCAAAUCAAGAUUGGCACCUUGUUCUUACCCUGCAGCUUUACGGUCAUGGAGGGGAAAGAUGUCGAUUUACUGCUUGGUCUGGAUAUGCUGAAGCGCCACCAAGCUUGCAUAGACCUCUCCAAGGAUAAACUCGUCAUUCAAGGUGUCGAGGUCUCCUUUUUAGGCGAAGCUGAUAUCCCUAAGAAUAUGGAGGAGGAGAGAGCUGAGGAGCCAAAAGUUGCGGGACCUGGAGGAACUACUAUCGGAGCUCGAUCAGGUGCCGUCUCUGGACCUUCAACAUCAAGCCCAGCACCUGCGAGUGGUCCAUCUACAGCUCCUGUACCUCCCCCAGCACCUCAACCUG